CCGCCUGCGAGCUACUCCCCCACCCUUGUCCUCCUCUCCUCCGUCAUCAGCAUCCACCUCUCUCUCAUUCCGGUCCGGUUUUCCUCCGUCUCUCGGAGAAUGUCUCCUUUUUCGUUUCAAGAAGCAUCACUUUGGAUUAGCUCAGCAGUUUUCUGAUGCGCUGUGCUGGCGUGCAGUGCUAUAGCUGGAGGAGGAGUCAUUGUCUCAUCAGCCUUUCUUCCUGCCAAACGAGGAUGCUGAUCUGCCACUGAAACCGAGGUUUCCCAGAGCUACGUAGAACAUGUCCACCAUGGUGUACCCACGGGAAGAGAAGCUGGAGAAGCUCUCUCAGGAGGAGAUCAUCUCCAACACCAAGCUGGUGAUCCAGGGUCUGGAGGCUCUGAAGAACGAGCACAACUCCAUCCUCCACAGCCUCCUGGAGACCAUCAAGUGCCUGAAGAAGGAUGAAGAGGCCAACCUGGUGCACGAGAAGUCCAACCUGCUCCGCAAGUCGGUGGAGAUGAUCGAGCUGGGCCUGGGGGAAGCUCAGGUGAUGAUGGCCCUGUCCAACCACCUGAACGCCGUGGAGUCAGAGAAGCAGAAGCUGCGUGCUCAGGUGAGGAGGCUCUGCCAGGAGAACCAGUGGCUGCGGGACGAGCUGGCCAACACCCAGCAGAAGCUGCAGAAGAGCGAGCAGAGCGUGGCCCAGCUGGAGGAGGAGAAGAAGCACCUGGAGUUCAUGAACCAGCUCAAGAAGUAUGAUGAGGACGUCUCACCCACUCAGGAGGAGAAGGACCGAGAGACACCGAAGGACUCGCUGGACGACCUCUUCCCCAACGACGAGGAGGAGCACGGCCAAGGAAUGCAGCACCAACACAACAGCGCCGCCGUGGCUGCAGCCCAGCAGGGAGGCUACGAGAUCCCCGCCCGCCUGAGAACCCUGCACAACCUGGUGAUCCAGUACGCCUCCCAGGGCCGGUACGAGGUGGCCGUCCCGCUCUGCAAGCAGGCUCUGGAGGACCUGGAGAAGACCUCUGGACACGACCACCCCGACGUGGCCACCAUGCUCAACAUCCUGGCUUUGGUCUACAGGGAUCAGAACAAGUACAAAGAGGCCGCCCAUCUGCUCAACGACGCUCUGUCCAUCCGGGAGAAAACACUCGGCAAGGACCAUCCCGCUGUUGCUGCAACGCUGAACAAUCUGGCCGUUCUGUAUGGCAAGAGGGGGAAGUACAAGGAGGCCGAGCCGCUCUGCAAGAGAGCUCUGGAGAUCAGAGAAAAGGUGCUGGGGAAGGACCAUCCAGAUGUGGCAAAACAGCUGAACAACCUGGCUCUGCUGUGUCAGAACCAGGGCAAGUACGAUGAGGUGGAGUACUACUACUGCCGGGCGCUGGAGAUCUACGAGUGCAGGCUGGGCCCUGAUGAUCCCAACGUGGCCAAAACCAAGAACAACCUGGCGUCCUGCUUCCUCAAACAGGGAAAAUACAAGGAGGCUGAGAUCCUGUACAAAGAGAUUCUGACUCGUGCUCAUGAGAAGGAGUUUGGAUCUGUGGAUGCUGAAAACAAACCCAUCUGGAUGCACGCGGAGGAGAGAGAGGAGAGCAAGGGCAAGCACAGAGACAACACCCCGUACGGAGAGUACGGAGGCUGGUACAAGGCCUGCAAAGUCAACAGCCCGACAGUGAACACCACCCUGAGGAACCUGGGGGCGCUGUACCGCCGACAGGGCAAGCUGGAGGCGGCUGAGACCCUGGAAGAGUGCGCCAUCAGGUCCCGCAAGCAGGGCAUCGACCCCAUCCACGGGACGCGUGUGGUGGAGAUCCUGAAGGACACGGAGGGGGACAGGCGGAGGAGCAGGGACAGCCUGUCCAGCGUUAAGUACGAGAGCGGCUCUGAGACCGGCGAGGAAGUGAGUAUGGGCGUGGAGUGGAACGGGGCCUAAAGCCAUCAAGAUUAUUCCUCCAUCCUUCUCUCCUUCCCUCAACACAAUAGCAAAAGGAUGUGUGUCUCUGUCCCGUCCCAACCAAACCAACAGCCCCUCUGCUGCUCCAUGGUGCCCCCCCUCCUCCUCUCUCUCUCCGGCAGAGACUCAGAGAGCGCCCCCUGCUGGCUGUCUCCUCUGUCCCCUGUUCGUCUGACAGCUGCUGGGACGUUUGGUCUUCUCUCCUCCGCUCUGAUUCUGUCCUCUCAUUAACCCCUCGUGUCAUACAGAAAACUCUCACAUAACAUAAUAAAUAAAAAUCAUCAUGUGUGAAAUCUUCCCGCUCUGAGGAAGUCACAGCUGCACACCUUUCCUCUUUCAAACACCCACUGGUCACUUUUACGAGGUGCACUGUAGAUUUAUGUGGAUUGAUAGAAGAGCAGGAAGGAGGCGAAACAGAAGGCUCCGAGUCGUCUUUAACUUCAACACGGUCAGAUAAAACAAUCACGUUAAAGUAGGGCCGGGCGAUACAGCAAAAAGAAUCCCAUAAUAUCAACAUUUAUCACGAUAUACAACAUAACAUAUAUAUAUAACGAUAAUGCUGCUAGUUUGAGGAAUGUCCUGAUUAUAACAGAUAGCAGACAAGACAUUUAGUGAAAGUUUAACAUAUCCUGAAGAUGCUAAUCACAGGUUUUUAAAGCUCUGUUGUUCCCUUUGUCCCAAGUGAAGACGAUAAAGCCAAGAACAAACUCUAACCAGAGCAGCUUCAUGUUAAACAUCAGACUCAGAGCUGCUGACGCGAGCUGAGUUUGGAGUCUCAGAGUUCAGUUUUUUUAAUUAGGACUCCUCCAGGGUUUACCUUUCACCAGGAGGCGAAUCAUCCGCAGAGACCUCCCCCUCGUUAAAAUAAACAGACCCCUUUAUUGAAACCGAUUAAAGCGUUAAAUAAAGGAGUUCAGUGUCUCCUGAAGCUUCUCAGGACGUCAGGAGGGGCUGCAAGCUGAGCUGCAGGUUCUGUUAACUCUCUUUCUGAUACGUUAUGAUUCCGAGUGUUUACCGUUCAUAAGGUUUUAAACUGCAACGGGAUUAUUCCCAGAGGUCUCCAGAGGUCGUCUCCUCUCCCUAAACUCGACGAGUUGAUGAUAAAAACCUGUAAAAACACUCGAUAAGAAGCGUCAGAAAUCAGCGAUUCUUCAAAGCGGUUUGUUGCAGCUCUGCAGGGUCGUCUCUUCAAGAGGCCAUAAACGUCAUAUAACGACCUCUUUAUGUUUGGACAACAACAAACAAUAUUCUCUCUAAAGGUUCUGACACACCAAGCAGAUCGUUAGACCGAUGCUGAGCGAUUGUCGCCCUGGUUUUUGUGGUGUGUCCGGCUCCAUCGACACUUAUAACAUGUUGAAUCAGGUCUGAGAGGAAUCUCUCUGAUUGGCUGUUGGGAGGUUUCAUUUCUCUCCAGCUCUCGACACAGGUUCAGGUUCCAUUAGUAGACUACCUAUAAUACGAGUGGUGAGCGACAGCGGUGUGAAAAUGGUCUUCUCGUAUCACAACAACGGACUACCGCCCCCUGCUGGCAUGGAGAGUUAUUUCCUCUCACACCAGCAGAGCGUACGUGGUGGUUGGCCGUCGUUGGCUUCUCACACUGUAAACAUGUUCAUCUUAACUUUAUAUCAGGAGUUUUUUAUCGCCCGGCCCGACUUCAGUAUCUAUAUUUAUUAAAAAGAAUAAUUUAUUUGCACACUUGCUCUGCGUCGCUCUUGUUCUGAAAGUCGACCCUGCUGCUCGCUUCCAUCACGACGCCUGUGUUUAGCCUUUAACGUAUCGUUUUCUUUUCUUUUUUUAAAUCCUCUUUCCGUUGCCAACGUGUUCGCUUAAGAGGUCAGAUGCCUUCGCCGUGUGGACAUUAAUGGUACUGCAGAGCUUCACGUGUUUAUCAUAACAUUUCUUUUCUUUCUUUUUUUAACUUGUUGGCAGGAGCGAGAAGGGAGUUUUGUUGUUUUUAUAGAUCAAGAUAAUUUUUUUGUAUCGUUGUGUUUACAUUUUUUUUAACAUUUCUGAUGAUUUCCUGGCUGAAUAUUAAGGCGGUAGCUCGUUAAAAACGCUAACUUCCUGUUGUUAAAGACCAGAAGGGCCGACGUCAGCUCACCGCAGCUGGUCGCAUCACAAGGAGCUCUUGUCGCCAUGGUAACGUCUUUCAAUUUGCUCUUCCUGACUCCGUGUCUUUGGGUUGAUGGAGGAUUCACGCAGACGUUCAGAAGCUUUUUUUAAAAAGGGAAAUAAGCAACAUUCACAGAGACGCAGCGGAGCGUUCAGCGCGGAGACGCCCUGAGAGGUCGAUUCAUAAUCACACAUUUAAAUUCAGUCAUCUUUUAUCUGUCAGUGUAGGAGUAAAGCUGGUGUUAUUAUGACCUGAAGCGUUGAUUUCACUGUCGUGCUCGUGUGUUGUUGGUGUAGUUCGGUGGUAACGCCGCCUCUCUGGAUUCUGUGUUUUUGAACGCAGCGCUUCGUCCUCUCACAGCUGCUCGUUUGCAGGUGAACGUCUCUCGUGGCGAGUGUCUCCUCCGGAUCAAACGUGUCAUUUCUUGCUGAAUGUAAACGACUGUAACAUCUCGGAGGUGUAACUGUACGGCUGUGUUUGUAGAUUUUGAAAACGUGCAUUCACUCUGCGGCUUCUCGGUAUGCUACCUGCCUUUCUUCUUCAUUCCUCCGACGAGUACUCCUUUACUGCGAAUGCAACCCCGAACAAAAGAGCUGAAUAUGUACAUCACAUACUUAUGAGCGUAUCGUUGUGUUAGUGGAAUGCUUAUUUAUUGAACUGUCUCUUCUUCCUGACAUAUAUGGUGUGAUUCAGUUCAUCCAUGGUGAGGUCUAUAAGCACUAUCUUAGUAAGUAGGACUGCGUUAUUAUAUUUACCAUUCUGCAUUGUGAAGAUGAUUGCAUCAACACUUGUUGCUCUUCUCAAAUAAAGUUUUUCAUUUGUGA